AACGACAUCGUUGUCCGGGUCCGCCAGCGCCAACCUGCCUGCCUUCUUCGGCCCCCGUCUCUCUCUCUCUCUCUCUCUCUCUCCUCUCUCCCUCUCACAGAGGUUUCAGACCCCGCCGGAAUUUCAGCUCACUGAGUAGCAAUCCGACUGCCCCGCCUCCCGGCCGCCGGCCUUCACUCCUUACGCAUCCGCCACAGAUCUACGUGGAAGUUGUGAUGAAUUGAACCUGAGGGCUUCUGCUUAGAUCUCUUUGAAGCAGUUGAUGCCUUCAGUUUCCAUAUUGCAGAGCUGAGAUGGAUGAUGCGAAGGGGAGACAGAAGAUGGAUUACUACAAAGGAAUGCCCCCUUCGUGGAAUAUACCAUCCCAGCAGCAGGCGAAAGCAUUUAAUGCCCUAGACAUGAACCGGAAGAUCAUGGCCAUUUUAGCGGACAAGGACAAUGCUAUCAGAGAGAGGAAUGUCGCUAUCAAUGAGACUAAGGAAGCCCUGCGAGCUCGUGACGAGGCCAUCAAACAGACUAAUCAGGCAUAUGUGGAGCGUGACAAGGCCCUCAUGGAGAGGGACAGUGCAAAGGCCGCUCUCCAGUACUUUGUGAAUGACAUUAGCAACUACUCCACAGCUGGUGGAAAUCAGCAAAGGGGCAUGAAGCGGGCACACCCAUCAGUAUCACCAUCCUACUCUCACUCGCAUCCUUCACAGGUAGAUCUACCUGAAGCUUUUGCAGACAUGGACGAAGCUCACCAGCAAGUGACGGAUGGUUCAUCAGGUAAGCCAGGCCGCACAAAGCGCGCGAAACAGAGCAAAGGCAAUUCUGCAAGAGGGUCAAAGGGCAAGAAAGUGGGGGAGGAUCUGAACAUGUGGGCCCCACCACUGGAGAAGAGGGUCCGGUCCAAGUGGGACAGUCGAGAAGAAGGGUUGAACCUGGUGAACUACAAUGGGUCUAUAAUGCCUGUUCCUGUUUGUUCUUGCACUGGAGUGCCUCGGCACUGCUAUAAAUGGGGAAAUGGUGGGUGGCAGUCUUCCUGUUGCACUACGACUAUCUCGAUGUACCCUCUGCCCCAGAUCCCGAACAAACGUCAUGCUCGGGUAGGGGGUCGGAAAAUGAGUGGCAGUGUGUUCUCAAAGUUGCUCAGUCGACUGGCCGAAGAGGGACAUGAUCUGUCAGUGCCGCUGGAUCUGAAGGAUUACUGGGCCAAGCACGGGACCAAUCGAUACAUCACCAUUAAGUAAUUCGCACCCGGUUAUCCACAACAACAUGUUAUCAUAAACUCAGGCCUCUUCUCGGUGCCUGAAUUCAGCUCAGCUCAAUCUUACUGUGUUUUGGAUUCGACCUGAGAUUAAUUACAUUUUUCUGGAGGGAUCGGUUUUAGCAGUAACAUUGGAGCUUGGACAAUUUUUUGCAGUCUCUGGUGGGGUGGGGGAAGACUAACAAGCAAAUAGGUGCUCGUCCGAUGGGGUUACACAACUGUUAGCCCGGUACAUUGCGUCCAAUUCUCGAUAAUUGGAUGUCUCAUGGGGUCCGACUCUGCUCUGCAGUUCUUGUUCUGUAUGUAAUGUUGAUGGUCUGAGAGGCAGAUGGUUCAUUUGUGUAGGUGACUGGAACAAAGAUGCGGUCAUUGUUGGUGUAGGAUUUCAAUUAAAUGUACUUAGGGAUUUUUAUAUUUAAUUUCAAUACUAAAUUGCAUUUCGGAUUCAUAAUUUCCA